AUGGCGUCGCCGCCGGUAGUGGAAGAUCAAGGCCGGUUGCUCGAAGAUGCUCUGGCUGUUGUACGGCAGCAGACGGUGCUAAUGCGGCGAUGCCUUGAGACACCCGGAAAGCUGAUGGAUGCGCUCAAAUGCAGUUCCACCCUAGUAUCAGAACUCCGCACGAGCAGCUUAGGGCCGAAGCAAUACUAUGAACUGUACAUGGCUGUAUUCGAUGCGCUGCGCCAUCUCUCAGUUUACCUACGAGAUAACCACCCUGUCAACCAUCUCGCCGACCUUUACGAACUCGUCCAGUAUGCCGGCAACAUCAUCCCCCGUCUUUACCUUAUGAUCACGGUCGGAACGGUCUACAUGGCUAUCGAGGAUGCGCCGGUCAAGGAGAUAAUGAAGGACAUGAUGGAGAUGAGUCGAGGAGUACAGCAUCCAGUGCGAGGGCUGUUCCUGCGGUAUUACCUUUCAGGACAGGCGAGAGACCAUCUGCCUACCGGAAGCGGUGAUGGACCGGAAGGGAACCUCCAGGACUCGAUCAGCUUCAUUCUGACAAACUUCGUGGAGAUGAACAAGCUCUGGGUACGGCUGCAGCAUCAGGGACACUCGAGGGAGCGGGAGCAGAGGACGAGAGAACGACAGGAGCUCCAGUUGCUGGUGGGGAGCAACCUCGUGCGGCUAAGCCAGUUGGUGGACCUGGACAACUACAAGAAGAUAUUACAGCCUCUUCUCGAACAGGUCGUUCAAUGCCGGGACGUCCUAGCGCAAGAGUAUCUACUAGAAGUGAUAACACAAGUCUUCCCUGAUGAAUACCACCUGCAUACUCUGGACCAGUUUCUCUCCGCGACUGCUCGCUUGAAUCCACACGUCAACAUCAAGGCAAUCGUGAUAGGGCUGAUGGAUAGGUUGUCCGCUUACGCCGCAAGAGAGUCGGAGUCGGAGUCACCAGAGGAGCGGAGAAAGGCAGAGGAUGACGCGACGACCAAGCUCUUAGAGAAGCUGCGGAUGUCCAAAGAAAGCAAGCCCGCGGACAAACCGGCACAAGAGAAUGGGGAUGCGCCAGAAGCGCGUCCUGCUGAGAGCGACGCUGCGUCGACAGCAACAUCUACCACCGCGGUCGAGCCACCAGAGGAGUCUGCACCCACAAAUGGCGAGAGCAAGAGGAGUCGCGGCAUUCCAGACAACGUAAAGCUCUUCGAGAUCUUCCACGAACAAGUUGCCAGUCUGGUCAAGCUACAGCGGUUACCAAUACAAGACACAAUAGCUCUGCUGGUGUCCCUAGCAAACCUCGCCCUCAACAUAUACCCUGAACGGCUGGACUACGUCGAUCAAGUCCUAGCCUUCGCGAACGAAAAGGUCGCGCAGUACGCCAACAGUGCUGACCUCCACGCCCCAGCUACGCAAUCGAGCAUUCUAAAUCUCCUACUCGCCCCUGUCAAAGCAUACUUAUCCUUGUUCACCGCACUAGCGUUACCAAACUUCAUUCCCCUAUUCCAAUCGCAGCCGUAUUCUACUAGACGAUCCGUGGCGGGCGAGGUUGCCCAGAGCUUGCUUCGAAACCAGACCAAGAUUGACACAGUUGAGAAUCUCGAAGGCGUGCUGGAGAUACUCAAAGUCAUCAUCAAAGAAGGUACACAACAGUCUGCAGGAUACCAAGGUGGCCCACUUCAAAGGAAGGGCAUGGAGACGGACGAAACGAUAGACGAGCAAGGAUGGCUAGCACGGAUAGUGCAUCUCAUCCAGAGUCCGUCAAACGAUACACAGUUCAAACUGCUUCAAACGGCACGAAAAGCCUUCUCAGAAGGCAAUGAGCGCGUCAAAUACACCACACCCGCCCUGAUCACAACCUCCAUCAAGCUCGCGCGUCGCUACAAAACUCGAGAACACCUCGACGACAACUGGUCCACCCAAUCAUCUGCCCUCUACAAAUUCAUGCACAGCACGCUCUCCACGCUCUACACCCGCGUAAACGGCGCCGCCGACCUAUCUCUCCGCCUCUUCGUCGCCUGCGGCCAAGUCGCCGACCAAAACGGUUUCGAGGAAGUCAGCUACGAGUUCUUCGCACAAGCUUUUACUAUUUACGAGGAAGCGAUCAGCGAUUCGAGGGCGCAGUUCCAGGCCGUAUGCAUCAUCGCCAGCGGGCUCCACACCACGCGGAACUUCAGCAAGGAGAACUACGAUACGCUCAUCACGAAGUGCGCGCUACAUGGCAGCAAGCUGCUCAAGAAGCCGGACCAGUGCAGGGCGGUGUAUCUGGCGAGUCAUCUGUGGUGGGCGACGGAGAUACGGGCGAAGGGGGAGGAAGAUACAAAGACGCUCUACCGCGACGGUAAACGCGUCCUAGAGUGCUUACAGCGCGCGCUUCGAGUAGCAGACGCGUGCAUGGACACAGCAGUCUCCGUCGAGCUGUUCGUAGAGAUCUUGAACAGAUACGUCUACUACUUCGAUCAGGAGAACGAAGCGGUGACGACGAAAUACCUCAACGGCCUGAUAGAACUCAUUCACUCGAACCUGCAGACCAAUGAAGCGACGUCCUCGCUCGAGAACCCGCGGAAGCACUUCCAGAGAACGCUCGAUUACAUCGCGUCGAGAGAGUACGAAGGCGUGAUCACGACACCAAAAUGA